AUGCACCUGCUUUACAUCCUGAUCAUCUGUCUGGUGUCGACGGCCCACCCACUGACCGCCGCCGUGUCCAGCAGCUUCAGAGACUGCAGGCAGUUCUUCUACAUGCAGACCUCCCCGGCGGGGGUCCGAGGCACGAGCCUGAAGACGAUCUGCCAGAAGUAUGCAGACAAACUGCGCUACGCCACGCUGUACGACAGCAGCCGUCGUCUGCCCCUUUACUCGGCCUACGUGUUUAAGAAGUCUGACGGGAAGAGGCGGGCGGAUACACCCUGGAUGUAUGAGCCUCAGUUGGUGUCUGACGAUGAGAGCAGCAGCAUGAAGGUGCUCCCCCUGAGUGACGACACCUCCCCUCUGAUCGAGGACAGUCAGGCCGUGUUCGAAGACUACAUCAAUGCUGUUGAAUACAGACGCGGCCCUCUGAAUCCUGACCAGCACCAAGCAGAUCCAGAUGACAAGUCCUCCAUCUACACCCUCACCAACACUGUGCCCCUCAUCACAGACUUCCUGGACACCUCCUGGAACCCAUUCUUAGACGUCAUCCGCCGACGUCUGAACAACUUCUGCCACGGCAGACCUUUCAUUGUGACGGGGGUGACCGUUUCAGGGGCCACAGUCAAGCGUAAUAACAGGGACCGCCUAUGGAUUCCGAAAUAUUUAUGGUUGGCGUACUGCUGCCCGCGGUACGACCGUAACUCACCGUACGAGGUGAGGUUUAUGUUCCCGAGUUAUGGAGGAUACGCACUGAAUGAGCCGACAGGAAACAGUGUGGUGGAGGUACCACUGAAGAAUCUGGAGACGUUCCUGAGGAGCCAGGCAAACGUAGACAACGACUUCACCAUUUUCUACAAGGGCUGUGUGCCGGAAAACACCUUCAAGAAGAAGAGAGACCUGCCUGAUGAUGAAGAGCCACCGACAUAA